CUUCGUCCUAACAGUCCAGCCCUACGUGCCUUUUUUUUUCAAAAGUCUCUCUGGAACAAGUUGCUGUCGGCCGCGCAAACGCAAGUUGAAGUCCGGAUGGCGACAUGUUGGCUUCGACAGCAUGGGAAUAUAUAUCGACGACAUAUGACUGUACCAAGUUGACUUGAGUACUGCCACACACACACCACUCUUCCCCUCAGCCAAUCUAUCGCAAUGGGCAUCUUCAAUCAUUGGAAUCGUGGGCAAAAGUCCACGGAAAGCUCCGAUAUCAACUCCGAACAUGAUGUUGAGGCAAUCCCACCAGUUUUCUCGAAGCCGGGAGAACCAAACACCGAGGCCUUGCCAGUUCGAUCGCACACAGAUGCAGUCGAUGAUGAACGCGUGAGAUUCCUGGACACCUUUACUCCCCAGGAACAAAAAGAGAUCAUCCGUAAAGUCGACUAUCGGUUGUUGGUAACUAUAGGAGUCAUCUAUCUUGUUAAACAGAUUGAUGUCAAUAAUGCAUCCAAUGUCAAAGUCCUUGCAGUUGGGAAACCGACCAACAUCCUCAAACAACUCGACAUGACCGCUGAUCAGUACAACUGGGUUCAAUCCAUCUACUAUAUCAGUUAUAUCAUUUUCGAACUUCCGAGCAAUCUCUUUCUGAAGAAGAUGACUCCACGAGUCUUCCAGACGAGAAUCUGUGCUGCAUGGGGGUUGGUCCUGGCUUGUCACGCUGCCGUCAAGAACAAAGAAGGCCUUUAUGCCGCGAGAUUCUUUUUGGGCCUUGCAGAGGCAGGACUCUUCCCUUCAAUCGUCACUCACCUUUGCAAUUGGUAUCGAAGCGAUGAAAUGGGAAAGCCGAUUAUGUGGCUGUUCGGUAUCUUCAACCUGGCUGGCAUUAUUGGAUCUUUGCUCGUCUAUGGCAUUUCGUACCUGGACGGAAAACAAGGGUUGAGUUCAUGGCAAUGGGUAUUCCUUAUUGAAGGUGUUGCAACCAUCGCAUUCGCAGGCCUCAUCUGGGUGAUCUACCCAGACUACCCACAAUCCCCCAGGAGCAGAAAGUGGCUCACUCCUCGUGAACAAAAAUUCCUCGAGAUGAGACUUACCGAAAACGCCCCUCGAACGCAAGAUGCAUCUUUCUCGUGGCAAGAGAUCGUCAACACGGUCAAAGAUCCAAGGAUCUGGACAUUCAUGCUAGCACAGAUCCUCAUGAAUAUCGGCGGGUUCGGCCUCAGUUGGUUUCUUCCAACGAUCACCACGGACCUCGGCUUUGCAGGGCUCCCUCGCAAUCAGCUGCUAAAUAUUCCACCAGCGGCUGCCGGAAUCAUUGCAAUCAUAAUCGUUGCUUGGAUCCUGAAGAGAGCAUAUUUGCCUCGUCCUCUUCUGACAGUGAUAAUCGUCCUCUGCGAGGUCGGUACCUUUGCCAUCUUCCUGGGCAGUCGCCGUCGAGGAGCCAUCUACACCGCUUGUGUCCUGGGCACCAUGUUCUCAGCUUGUCUUGCCAUCCCAUUCUGGUCGUGGCGAACCUCCUCUCUCUGCGGGACCACUGGCACCGCGUUCGCCCUGGGACUUCAAUCCGGCCUCGGACAAUUGGGUGGAGUGAUUGGUCCGCAGAUAUUCCGUCAAAAAUACGCUGCGGACGGCUAUCGUGUGUCGUAUGCGGUAUGCACCGGUGCUCUGGCAGGCUGCUUCCUCGCCAAUUGUCUUUCUUGGUACCUUACUCGCAACCUGGAAUGGGAUGUACGGCGUAUCCGACGCCAGAGAAUCAAGGCAGAGAAGGAGGGUCGGAUUUUUACCGAAGAUGAAGUCAAGUUCUUCUACGAACGGCAACACUUUACCAAAACUCUGAAGAAGCAAGAGGUGAAGGAUGUUAUCUGAGGGUUGUAUUCCGGAUCUUACCGAUCGUGAAGCAACGAAUCACCAGCGGUCCUUGUCAUUAUUGGUGGGGCAAGAGCAUAUGGACUUAUAUGUUGUCCUUGUGUACUUCAUCUCAGACAAAGCAAGAUACACAGAUGGUUCGAUCGUGAAUAAAUAGCUGUCCGUCUCAUAGUAGUUCAAAAGCCAGACCGGCCAAAGUUUGACGCAGAUCCGCUCAGAAAUCGGUUGAAUGUUGAGGAAACAGCCUGGUG